UCUGUAAGAUGUAUCGCUGCGUACGAGUUUUGGAGCCUGACAAGUACUUACAAUGUAUUUUGUGGCGGGAUGACCCUGAAGGAGAUCUAAAGGUAUACACGCUAGACACAGUCACGUAUGGUACCAGGCCUGCUGCAUUUCUAGCGACUCGACCCAUGCAUCAAUUGGCAAUAGAUGAAGAAGCAGAUUUUCCUCUUGGCUUGCUUAUCGGGCGUAGAAACUUUUAUGUCGACGACCUCAUCACUGGUGUAGACUCCGUGGAAGAAGUCGUGGAAAUUCAGCGUCAGACAGCACAGUUGCUGCGGAGAGGUAAUUUUCUACUUCGAAAAUGGUGCUCUGAUGCUCCUGAAGCUCUCGUCGCAGUACCUGAUUCUGAUUGUGAGCCACUUUUGCAGUUUCACGAUGGUACGCAUGUUACAAAAACUCUUGGCUUAGUCUGGGAUCCUAAAACAGACAACUUCAUAUUUUCGUUCGCACUCGCUCGCCUGAGAAAUAACAAUCACGUAACUAAGCGUAUCGCAUUGUCCAUAAUUUCUGGAUUUUACGAUCCAUUAGGACUCAUCGCUCCAGUUAUAACUCAGGCAAAAAUCUUCAUUCAAACCAUGUGGAAACAACAUAUACAUUGGGAUGAAAGUUUACCACAGCACUUACAUACAGUUUGGACUCAAUUCUGUGCUGAACUGGAAUUGAGCUCCAUGGAUUUUGCUAUGCUAGUUUAGCCGCUUAUGGUGCAUGCGUGUAUGCACGAGCCCAGCAUAAUGACGUAGUUAAGACUCACUUGUUGUGCGCAAAAUCUCGAGUAGCGCCACUUAAGACUCUCUGUGCCGAAGCUUGAGUUGUGCGCGGCAUUGUUAUUAGCAGAGUUAUUAGAAGCGGUCAAGCAGGCACAAGAAUUUAACUGUGCCAUCCAUUGUUGGUCGGAUUCAACCGUAGUUUUAUCGUGGCUACGAGAAGAAUCUUCGAACUUUAACAUAUUUGUUUCAAACAGGGUAAGCCGUAUACAAACACUAAGUCACGGAAUGGUUUGGCUUCAUGUCCCGAUCGCUAUGAAUCCAGCUGACGUCUUGUCGCGAGGAGCAUCACCGAAGCAGCUUCUUAACUCAACGCUCUGGAAGAACGGCCCCUCUUUUCUACUCGGUAAUCAAACAGGUUGGCCUACAGCGCCUGGCUUUCUCACCGAGUUACCAGAACGACGACGCAUCGCUUUAGCCGCAACAACGCACCUUGAAGACAUUUCACUCAACUGCAGGUAUUUAAAUACAUUCAGCACGAUGCAGCGAGUAUUUGCUUAUGUCUCAAGAUUUGGGUUAAGAAAAGAUCCCAAAGGGCAUAGACCAUCAGGCGCGCUCACGCCUCAAGAUAUCAAAGGUGGAACUCAACUUUUAUUGCGCCUCAUUCAACAGAAAUAUUUCCCCAAGGAAUAUAAGGCAUUAAAGGUUGGAACAACUUGAAUCAUCUAGUACAAUGUAUUCACUUAAUCCGUUCAUGGACGAAUUUGGGCUCAUAAGGGUUGGUGGUCGGCUAGAAAAUGCUAUGCUAGAUUAUGAUGCACGUCACCCGAUAAUUUUGCCAGAGCGACAUCCGAUUGCAAUUGCAAUAAUUCAAUACUAUCAUGAAAAAUUCAUGCACGCUGGACCGCAAAGUUUAAUAGCUUCAAUACGAUUGCAAUUUUGGCCAAUUGGUGGGCGAAAGACAGUUAGCAGUGUCGUAAAUAAAUGUUUAAAGUGCUUUCGUCUUAAACCCAAAAUCGUCGAACCCAUCAUGGGUGAUUUGUCUCAGCACAGAGUACUGCCGGGAAAAACAUUUUCUACAACAGGCAUCGACUUCUGCGGGCCUUUCUAUUACAAAUCCGAAGUACGAAACAGAGGUCCAAUCAAGUGCUACGUUUGUGUUUUUAUUUGCUUUACAACAAAGGCCACCCACUUGGAAUUGGUAUGUGACUUAUCUACAGCAUCUUUUAUAGCUUCUCUCAAGAGAUUCAUCUCAACGCGUGGAAGGCCGAGCGUAAUUUGGUCAGAUAAUGCCACAAACUUUAUUGGGCCUAGAAAUGAGCUAGCUGAGCUAAAAAACUUAUUUUGGUCUACCCCUCACAUUCAAGCUGUUCAAAGACAAUGUGUUGAUGAUGGCAUUGAAUGGCGAUUUAUUUCCCCGCGAUUGCCCCAUUUUGGAGGUCUAUGGGAAGCUGCGGUGAAGGCUGCAAAAAAUCAUUUUCAUCGAGUUGUUGGACUCUCAACGCUCACAUUCGAAGAGUUACGUACUCUGGUUUGCCAGGUAUGCGCCAUAAUUAAUUCACGACCGCUCUGUCCAAUUUCAGAAAAUCCUGAUGAUUUGGAAGUACUGACACCAGCCCAUUUCUUAAUUGGAGGGCCAUUCACCAGUUUUGCAGAGCCAGACGUUACGCAUCUGGAUAUUAGUCGACUAGAUCGAUGGCAGCGUUUGUCCUCUAUGCAGCAAACAUUUUGGAGAAAAUGGAGCACAUAUUACCUCACGAUACUGCAAGAGCGAAACAAGUGGCGUGCAAGUGUACCAAAUAUUCAGCAAGGGGUAAUGGUAUUAUCGUAAAGCGAGCCGUAAACAAGAUCGCACUCCUACCUAUUGACAGUGUUGAAGGUUUGAAACCUUCAACGGGGGAGGAUGUUAAGAUUCACUAAAUCGCAUGCCAUGAUGUUCACCCAAGGGUUAAGGAUAUCCGCUAGGUCAGCUUUUUGUUAUCUUUCUUAUCAACUCAUUCGUUGCUGCUGGUCCCUCAUUGCUAUGUUCUAGUAUGUAUGUGCAUAUGUACAUGUGUAUUCUUAUGUUCAAUGUGCGUAUGUAGCAAUAUGUAUGUAUUUAGGUGUUUGAGCCUUCGCUUAAACCACAUUUGAGAUUACCCCUUUCAAUGUUCACUGAGCAACCCUGCACCCUGGUGCAUGACUGCGGUAGUUGUCUAGGCGUUGUUGUAACAACCCUGUGUUUGUCUUUG